AUGGGAGUAAUCCGUAAUCUACUGGAACCCGCCGCGAUUGUGGUUGUGUUUACCACUGGUACUCUGAUCAACCGUCGCAGGUAUACGAAGUUACGGGAUAUACCAUGCGUUGAGACGCCACUGCUCAAGAACGACUGCGAGGAGGAAAAGCCCCGAUCCCUCAAGGGCCGUCCCAAUAUCCAAACCCGGAUCCUCGCUCAUUUCCCAUUCUUAAUUGAGAUUUGGUACUGGCUCCUCACAUACUGGAUAUACCAGGGGCUGCGCGCAAUAUCCGCCAGGGUGAUCAGCGACGACGAGGCUGUUUUUGAGCUUGCUCAACACCAUGCGCAGCAGAUACUUGGCUUGGAGCAUGUUUUCCAUAUCGACGUUGAGCUGGCUGUGCAACAAUUUGUUCUCAAUCGCGUGCCAUGGCUGACGUCUUUCCUCGCGAGAGUAUAUUAUUCGCACAUCGUCUUAGGGGUCAUCUUCCUUGUUUAUGGAUAUACCUUCUUCCAGCGGGACCGGUAUCAAGAGGUUCGACGUACACUCGCCUUGGAGAACGUGAUCGCAUUCGCCGUCCUCACUCUUUGGAGAUGCAGUCCCCCGCGCCUCCUUCCAGAGGUGUUCGGCUUCAUUGAUGUCUUGCACAGCAAUACUGCCGGCUCGGCGUGGACGCAGAAUAAGUUCCAGCUUACUAUUGCAGCCAUGCCUUCGCUGCACUUUGGGAACUCGGUGUUGAUUGCACUCUGUUUGUUACGACAUAGCCCGCACUGGCCUAUCCGUUGCAUUGCGCCUAUCUGGCCCAUAAUGAUGGGAUUGACGAUUGUCGCUACUGCUAAUCACUUCAUUUUGGACGCGGUGGUAGGCGUAUGCGUUACCUUGACUGCGUACUGGUUUAAUCAUGUCAUGUUGGUCUUGUUGCCUGUGGAGCGGGUAUUGUUCAGGUUGCUUCGCAUUGAGAAACCUGUGCCAUGA